UCCUAGCUGUAAUGUAAAGUGUACUGGAAUACGCAUAAUGUUACAUAAGUGGCUUUCUUUGCAGUUCAAAUGUGUAUUUCUGUUACUUCUGAAAUUCGCAUGCAGAAAUAAGUGAAUUGUUAUAAAAUUACGUGUUCCUUACUAUGUGAACUGUUGAAACACGUGGUUUUUCUUCUGGGGUAAGCCUAACUGUUGUGUUUAUGGAAGAUUGCUUCUUCGCAUCCUCAUAAUUGCUGCUAAACGAAGAAGCGUCGCCAUAGUAAAUAUUCUUUUUCAUUCAGCAUUUGGCAUCGAAUGAGCUGACAUUGUGAGGUUACUACAUAAGAACAACAUUGUCUUUUGGAAUUUCAUUCAUGAUGGUGCACAAACUGUUGGAUGAGUUUUGUGGAACACCUUUUUGGGAUUCAGAGUUAACUUGGAAUUCUACAAACCCAGAUAUAACACCAUGUUUUCAAGCAACAGUGCUUACUUGGGUACCUUGUGCCUUUUUGUGGCUUUUUGCACCACUUGAAUGCUAUUUUCAGAAAAAAUCUCAAUCAAAACCAUUACCAUGGACUGCAUUAAAUAUAACCCGAAUAAUGGUAGCAUUAGCAUUAUCUGUUCUUUGGGCAACCAACAUUUUGGAUUUGCUAUUCAAUUACAGAGCUAAGGAUAUGUUUACAGCUCUCAUUAUUGCAGCUUCUUUGAAAGCUCUGACAUUUGUGUUUGCUGUGAUUCUUAUGUUGUUCAAUAAAAAACGUGGUAGACAUACAUCUGGCAUUUUAUUCAUCUUUUGGGUUUCCUUAACAAUUUGUGAAAUUUUUUCAUAUAGAUCUGCUUUCUUACAGAUACGAAAUGAGGUGCAAGCCCCAAAUGAGAUUUCUUUUGUUAUACAAAUGGUUUACUUUCCUCUUCUCAUAGCAGAAUUGUUACUAUCCUGCAUAGCUGACAUCAGGUACAGGCAUAUACCUGCAGCAGCUAAAAAGGAUUCUAAGAAAGAGUGUCCUGAACUUUCAGCAUCUUUCUUAUCAACCCUCCUGUUCUGGUGGUUUAAUGAUAUGAGUAUUUUGGGAUGGAAAAGACCAUUAACCUUCAAAGACUUGUGGGAUUUGAAUCCAAGUAACCGCACCGAUCAUGUAUCGGAGCUAUUUGAAAAGCAUUACCGUCAUACACAAUGGAUGCCAUCUGUCUCUUCACCUCGCUUGAAUAGAGAUGGCAGUAUACCAUUUGCGCAAGAUUCGAAUGAGAAAAUGAAAGUAGAGGAAGAAGCUGAAUUCAUUGUACGAAAUGGAUAUGUAGACCAAUCAAAGAAAAAAAUCAGUAUAACCAGGGCUCUUUGCAAAACAUUUUGGGCAUAUUUUUUAGCUGGAAGUAUAUAUAAACUUUUUUAUGAUGGAUUGCAGUUUGUAAGUCCCAUUUUAUUGAAAUUAUUGAUUGCCUAUGUAACUUCAUCAGAUCCUCUCUGGAUUGGAAUUUUAUAUGCUGUUUGUAUGUUCUUAACUGGAACAUUGCAGUCUCUUCUUUUAGGCAAUUAUUUUCAUCGUAUGUUCAUCUUGGGUAUGAGAAUUCGGACUGCACUUGUUGCAGCAAUUUAUAAAAAAUCACUAAUUUUAUCUUCAUCUGCAAAAAAAGAAUCAACUAUUGGUGAAAUAGUGAAUUUGAUGUCAGUAGAUUCACAACGCUUCAUGGAUCUCAUGCCAUAUCUAAAUAUGGUAUGGUCUGCUCCAUUACAAAUUAUAGUCUCUCUUGCUUUGUUAUGGAAUGUUUUGGGACCUUCUGCUUUAGCUGGACUCCUUGUGAUGGUUGUUUUAAUGCCAUUGAAUGCAUUUAUUGCAUCUGAAGUUAAGAAGAAACAGGUCAAGCAAAUGAAGUUUAAAGAUGAAAGAGUAAAACUUGUGAAUGAAGUUCUUUCAGGUAUUAAAGUGCUGAAAUUAUAUGCCUGGGAAGAAGCAUUUAGGAAGAAAGUUAAUGUAUUUAGAGAACGUGAAUUGAGGCAUUUGCGAAAGAUAGCAUAUCUGAAUGCCGUUAGUGCCAUGACAUGGAACUGUUCACCAUUUCUGGUUGCCUUGGCUUCUUUUGCAUGUUACGUUCUCGUGGAUGAAAAUAAUGUGCUUGAUGCAUCAACAGCAUUUGUGUCGUUAUCUUUGUUUAACAUUCUGCGAUUUCCAUUGACUAUGCUUCCUAAUUUGAUAACUUACAUAAUCAUGACAAAUGUUUCUGUGAAGAGAAUUAACAAGUAUAUGAACAGUGAAGAACUUGAAAAAUAUGUUUUGCAUGAUUCAUCUUUAGCUCAUUCCAUUGCAGUUCGUAAUGGAUAUUUUUCAUGGAGCAAACCAAGAAAUGAAGAACAGAAAAAGAACCCUAAACCAACUCUGAAAAAUAUAAAUCUGACUGUUGAAAAAGGUUCUUUGAUUGCAAUAGUAGGCAAAGUUGGAUCAGGAAAGUCUUCUUUGUUAUCUGCAAUUUUGGGAGAUAUGGAGAAAAUCAGUGGAUCUGUUUCAAUAAAUGGCAGAACAGCUUAUGUUUCUCAACAACCUUGGAUUCAAAAUUCUACCUUGCAAAAUAAUAUUUUAUUUUCUAAACCCUUGGAUAAGGAGGAAUAUAAAAAUGUAAUAGAUGCUUGUGGAUUGACACCAGAUUUGUCUAUUUUACCAGGAGGUGACCAAACUGAAAUUGGAGAAAAGGUGAUUACAAUUUUGUCAUGUUUUUCAGAUUAUAAAAUGCAUUUUUGUUUAGAAAUUUGA